UCCAGACGUGUGCUCUUCCGAUGCUGGAAAUAAUUUCCUUAACUCCAUCUCUUAGUUUCCAUAGGCACAUUGAGAAACCAUGAACAACUUUAAUAAGGAAGAGAUUGACUGCCACAUUCUUGAUGAAGGCUUUACUGCCAAGGACAUUCUGGACCAAAAAAUGAAUGAAGUUUCUUCUUCUGAUGAUAAGGAUGCUUUUUAUGUUGCGGACCUUGGAGACAUUCUAAAGAAACAUCUAAGGUGGUUAAAAGCUCUUCCUCGUGUCACUCCCUUUUAUGCAGUCAAAUGUAAUGAUAGCAGAGCCAUAGUGAACACCCUAGCUGCCAUUGGGACAGGAUUCGACUGUGCAAGCAAGACUGAAAUACAGUUGGUGCAGAGUCUUGGGGUACCUCCAGAGAGGAUUAUCUAUGAAAAUCCCUGUAAACAAGUGUCUCAAAUUAAGUAUGCUGCCAGUAGUGGAGUCCAGAUGAUGACUUUUGAUAGUGAAGUUGAGUUGAUGAAAGUCGCCAGAGUGCACCCAAAGGCAAAGUUGGUUUUGAGAAUUGCCACUGAUGAUUCCAAAGCAGUCUGUCGCCUCAGUGUUAAAUUUGGUGCCACACUCAAAAUCAGCAGACUUCUCUUGGAACGGGCAAAAGAGCUAAAUAUUGAUGUCAUUGGUGUCAGCUUCCACGUAGGGAGUGGCUGUACGGAUCCUGAGACGUUUGUUCAAGCAGUGUCUGGUGCCCGUUGUGUCUUCGACAUGGGAGCUGAGAUUGGUUUCAACAUGUAUCUGCUUGAUGUUGGUGGUGGUUUUCCUGGAUCUGAGGAUGUGAAGCUUAAAUUUGAAGAGAUCACCAGUGUGAUCAACCCAGGGCUGGAUAAGUACUUUCCAUCAGACUGUGGUGUAAGAAGCAUAGCAGAGCCGGGCAGAUACUACGUUGCAUCAGCUUUCACGCUUGCAGUCAAUAUCAUUGCCAAAAAAAUUGUGCUGAAGGAGCAGACUGGCUCCGAUGAUGAAGAUGAAUUGAAUGAGCAAACCUAUAUGUAUUACGUGAAUGAUGGAGUAUACGGAUCAUUUAUUUGCAUCCUUUAUGAUCAUGCACAUGUGAAGCCCUUGCUACAGAAGAGACCCAAACCAGAUGAGAAGUAUUACUCCUCCAGCAUUUGGGGACCAACAUGUGAUGGCCUUGAUCAGAUCAUUGAGCGCUAUAACCUUCCUGAAAUGCAUGUGGGUGAUUGGAUGCUCUUUGAAAACAUGGGUGCAUACACUGUUGCUGCUGCUUCUACUUUCAAUGGAUUCCAGAGGCCUACUAUUUAUUAUGUGAUGUCACGACCAAUGUGGCAACUCCUGAAGCAAGUUCAGAAGCACGGCUUCCCGCCUGAAGUGGAGGAGCAGGGCGUCGGCUCUCUGCCCAUGUCUUGUGCUCAGGAGAGUGGGAUGGACCGUCACCCGGCAGCCCAUGCUUCCACUAGUAUCAAUGUGUGGAUACCAUUCUUGUAGCUCUUAACUGCGAGUGUAGCUUGAAUUAAGGGAUUUGGGGGGUCCACUUAAC